AUGUCAUCUGAAGAAGAGUCCAAGAGAAUCUCAGUUCAGGUAUCGUCCCUGUCAACUCAGCUGAUCGAAAGUAUAGAUAGACAAUCACACCUAGAAGACCAGCUUCUACAAGCUCGGAAGACGAUUGCCAAUCAAAAUGGAGCUUUGCGGCAGAUUGAAAAUCUUGAAGAGCAGGUCAAGCAGCUACGGUCCAACUUACAAACUGAGAAGGCGCAACACCUUCAAACUCAAAAGGAGUUGCAGCAGGAACGCAUAGACAAAGAUGCCGCUCAAGCUGAAACCAGUCGGUUGAACACAGAAGUCGAAGACUUGACAGCAUCUCUAUUUGAUGAGGCUAAUGCAAUGGUAGCUGAUGCCCGGAAGGAAACUCACAAUGUAAGCCUCAAGAACUCAAAACUUAAUGAACAGCUACAAGAGAAAGACACACUACUUGAAACAUUGAAAAUUCAACUGAAAAACCUCAAAACAGUACUCUAUACAUUGGAGGAGGAAAGCAACACCGUGUCUAAAUCGAACAGGAACUCAAUCGCGGCCAACGAUUUGGCAUCUGUGUCAACUGGAUCUCUUGAGGGGACUGUGAACUCGCUCACCGGGAACUCUUCUGUGGCUAAUACAGUUCUUUUCUCUCCUUAUUUGAAGUCGUUGAGGUAUGAUUUGGGUCUAUACAAUGAAUUCUUGAAGUUCAUCUCAGCCCUUCCGGAAUGCGCGGCGAUCAAGGAUACCACGUCGUAUUCUAAACUUCUUAGAAGACUCAUCCACGACGAAAUUCAGCCACUGUUACGCCUCGAUACUGCAGCUGGCGUCAGUUGGUAUGUAAGACGUAACCUCAUGACAUUAAUGCUUGAAGGGAUGGUAGUUGUUGAGCCGCUAAGUGGCAUCAACGAAACAUAUCGCCUUGGGCACUCAUCGAACCCCUCAAAUGGCUUGCUGAAGCUUUCAAAAGGAGAAAAGGUUCAGGACUCUCGUCUCUACAAUUAUCCUGCCAACUCUCCACCUGUGGCAAUUCAAGAUCCGUGCGCAUUUUGCUCAGAAAGCCGUAAUGACAUUUUGGAACACGGAAGAUUAUAUGUCUUCAAAACUUUGCAGAAAAGUGAUGAUGGAUCGCUGACAUUAAAUGCUCAGUUUCCCCUGUGCCACUAUUGUUUGUUAAAGAUUCGACAAACAUGCGAGAUUUUCGCAUUCCUUAGAUCUCUGAAGAGCGGCGCUUGGCAUCUGGAGAAUGUGACAGGGUCAAGUACUCCGCAAAGUGGAUCACCGGAACCGACUGAAAAAAAGCUGGCACCUCGGCUGGCGUUACAAGAAAAUCCCGCUCUUGAUAAAAAAGUCAAACGUACGAGCGUUAUGGCUGGAUUGGCAAAGGCCUCUACUGCGAAGGGUACUAACGCCUUAGGCAAGGUCCCUGCUAUGGCAAUUCACAGUAAAGGACCAGCUACUAAUAUUCAGCGUGCAUGGGCUCAGCUAUGUAAACUACGUGCUUCCCUCCAUUGGGCCCAUAUGGGAGUUUGGGAUUUGGAGGACAGCCUGGAGACAAAACUGGGGCCCGUAGUAAUCAAAUCAGAGAAAGAAGCUGCACCAGCGAUUCCCAAAGAAUUUCUUACCGCAAGAAAGCAUGAUGCGCGAGAUUCAUUCACGAUUCGCAGUACAGAAGACCCUGAUAACCAAGAAUUUGAUUUUGAACAGUCUGACAAUUCGGAUCAACGAAUUCAUGGGAGCCAUAUUUCCAUUGACGGAUCAGACAGAGCAGGAGCGGAAGCAGGACAGCAGGCUCCAGAUAAUACCGAAAACUGCGAGAGAACGAGCAAUGGGCCUGGGACCGAAGGUCCGACGCUGGAUUCAAUAAUCCAGCAUGAUAACAUCGACAAAGAAAAUAAACUGCCAUGUGCCUCGAGCACCUCGGACGUUCAUUCUGAAGCGAAGAUUGGGGAUGAUGAUAACUUAUGCGAUUUGGGCAAGAUUCCCUCAGAGCACGGAGGGGUACAAGACACAACAUCUAAUCCCCAACCUGCAGCCCAACCUCUUGAAAUUUCCAUAGAUUCAAAGCCCCAGGAACUACCAGAAACUCGAGGAGACGUUCCCGUCGGUGAUUUUUCAUCUGACAGAGAAGAAAAUUCACAAGCGGGUGAAGAAAUCCAAAGCAUCGUUGAACCUAUCAACUCCAACUUAGAACACCAUGAUCACAAAGGUGCUGAUGAUGAUGACGAUGCCGAUUUUGAUGAUGCUCUCAGCACCAUGACGUGA